GCCGCCGGGCCGGGAGGAGCGGGCGGCUGCCGGCCCAGAACGCUGCGGGAUGGAGCCCGCAGGCCUCACCCCGAGCUCGGAGCUCACCCUGAAGCUGCUGCUGGUCGGGGACAGCGGCGUGGGCAAGUCCAGCCUCCUGCGGAGGUUCAUGGACGGCGCCUUCGAUCCGCGCCUGACACCCACCGUCGGUGUUGAUUUUAAAACGAAGAAGAUGGUGCUGGAGGGCCGUGCAGUACAGCUGGCCAUAUGGGUAGGUCUUUUUCCGGACAGAUGGGGUAUGUUGGGUUUUGAGAGAUGUAUAUGCUUCAAGAGCUGUUUUUUGUGGUUUCUUCACCUUCACUUUCUUCCUGCUCCUCCUCUCUCUUUGCUAAAGUCUUCUGCAUAUUGAGAUUUUGUCCUUAAGCCACAGUGUGUGCAGAAUGAGUGUUGUGAUGGUACAGCAGUAGCUGCAGACAAACAAAAACACUUCUAAAGGCUUCCUUAGCCAAGGUGUGGGACUUCCUUCCGUUCCAGUGGAGGCUUUGAGUGCCCUUUGCUGCAGUUUCUCCAAGGCUCUGGGGAGUGUAAAGCUUCUGAAGCUGUAGCAUGUGAGAGGCGGCCCCUGCACGCUUCAGCAAUCGAGCUGGUCCUGCCCAGUCUGACCCCCUGCAGCAGUGGAUGGAGAUAAAGUCCCCGUGGUACACAUGAAAGGCAUUUUAGGAAAGGUUGUUUGGGUUAAUCCCACCUCAGGCAAAGACAAACCCAUCCCUGGCAGAGAGGUGCCUGCAUGAGCCAGGAGCACAGAAAUGGAGUCAAGCAGAGAGGUGAUGCUCUGGGUAAGGAGCUGCGUGAUCGCCUGUAGGGGCUGUUUAGCAACUCUAUGUGAUGCUUUAUUUUGGUUAAAAUCACACCAAAAAAACCCCACAAAAACCACUAAUCUUGUUAUUGAACUACUUAAAGGUUGAUUCAGAUUAACUAGGAAACCUCGAGCAUUUGUCCUGAACUUCUGCAUAUACUGUACAGGCAUGAAUUUUAUAUUCACUUGAAACUAGUAGGAGUUUUUAAUUUAGAGCACAGAAGACUGAAAUUUUCCUCCUUACUGAUAUCUGCAAGGACUGUGGCUGAUCUUUCAUUUCCAGGUUUCUGUUGCAGCUACAUAAAAGACAAUAUUCUUAGAGCAACAGUAAAAUGUACACUGUGAAGAUAUAAAGGUGGGGAACAAACUGAGUUUCUAAAGAAAAAGCUUCUUGAAAAGAUUUCUAGGAGAAAUUGAAAUACAUAGGGGACAACAUGUAAUUUCCGCUGUAUUUGUUUCUCAGCUUUAUUAUGGAAUAAUUAUCUUCUAGAUUUGCUGUCACAACCUGAGAACAAUUUAUUUUUCUCCAUUAUGGAGAAAAUGGGGAACUGUGGAUUUCUUUUUGGUGGAAAAAUGGGAUACUUCAGUCUGGGAUGUAUUUCUGUUUAUCCUGUUCAACUUAAGUGUACCUUUAAGAGAGAAUGGAGAGGAGGUUCACUCAUUAAAAAACUCCCAUCUUCUCUCUGGUCCCAAAAUAAAUUUUUCCUAAGUGGAAUAUACUCCCUGCAAAUAAGAUAAAAUAUUUCCCCCCCCCCUUCCUUCAGAGACCAGUGCCAAGACAGAGGAUGGAGUGCAACAUGCCUUUGAGGAACUGGUCAUAAAGAUCCUGCAGACUCCGGAUCUCUGGGAUAAGGAAACAGCAAAGAAGGGAGUCCAGCUCAUGGAAUCAUCAGCACAGAAGGAUAAAGGCUUUUGUGGUGCCUCCUGUGCACUUACUUAAAUGUACAGGGGGCUGUUCUGCCUGACUGGAGGGGACUUGGGGGAAAAAAAAAAGUGGUGAUGGGAUUCCAAGCACCAAUCUGUGCCAUGAUUGAUGUGCCAUCAGCUUUGCAGAUCCAAAACACAAACUCAUUAGCAAAAUACAUUUUUAUUCAUUAACAAAAUACAGUUUCUCCUCCUCUUUUGCACAACUGCUGUCUGCAGGUUUGUUUUUUUUUUUUGCCAACUCAGAUUUUUCACUUUAAAUCAUAGUGUGGCUUAGAGUAUAUGACAUUCAACAUGGACUUUUGCUGGAAUUCCUGCCUCAGCAUAAAUAAGGUGGUAUUCAAUUCUGGAAUAUUAUUGAGAAGCUUCUCUCCCCUGGGAUGGCAUGGGAGGCUUUUAGGCAACCACGUUACCUUCGUAUAGUUACUCAGCAGGAGUUUGAUCAGGGGACAGUUUCCUGAUUUUGGAUGGUUUUAAAAAGUCAAAAUUGCUACAUGUCCCCAGCCAGUAAGCUGAGUUACUGGUUAAUUUUAGGGCUGUGAUGAAGAGGAUGUGUAUUUUAACUCGGGACACUGAAGGUGACCCUGUGCUGUUCUCUUGGCACUGAGGAUCAGGGAUGAGAUGGACUCAUCAUUUUGGGCUGUCUCACACCGUGGCUGUGGUUUUGCAGUCACUGAGGUUCUCUGCAAACCCUUGUCCUCUUCCAGUAACCACAGAUAAAACUGGAAGUUUUAUCAGAACUGAUAAAAAUUUUGUCAGAAAUUGGUAAAACUCAAUUUCACAGAAGAUUGCUGCCUAUGGGAGGCUUUGCACUAGGGUGAGUCUGUCACCCAUCCCACUAUGAAGUCACCUUUUUAUCUUUUACACUUUUAAUGGCAAUAUUGUAUUUUGCUAGCUUACAUUAAAGUAACUGAAAAUUUCAGGUGUAUCUUGUAUGUAACUUGUGCCUUGCUUCUGUUAAUGCAUGUUUCUACUAUUAGACUAUGUUAGAUCAUGUAACAUACAGCUUUAUUUACUGCUAGUCAUUCAAAAUAUUUUAAGAUGUUAUGUUAGCAACCUUGCUUUAAAUAAAUUCUGACCCUUAGCUUUUUAACUUAAAUCUGAAUCUUCUAAAUAUGUUUAUAUAAAAAUCUGUUUGUAACCUGAAAUAUAGACCUAGGGUGAGAUCAA